AUGAUCUUCUCAACGGGUCAGUGCAUCAUAUAUCGGCAUCGUCAAAUCCUGCCGAUCGGCCAUUGGUUACGGGUUGAAUGGGCGACGAUCUCAAUAAUAUUCACGUUUCACUACCUAUUUUACGACUUCGCUUUCGUGCAUACGCUCUCGUAUGGAAACUGUGAGCUCAACGGGCCGGCUCUAAAGAACAAGAUUUUGGAAGAAUAUCCACAGUAUAUUUUCGUCAGAGAAUAUGACGACUUCUUUUUUGGAGACGCCUCAGGCUUUUAUCCUCUCACCGGGCUUACGAUACAAAUUAAUGCGGCUGUCAUCGCCAUCCUUAUGGGCGUGGAAAGCCUGAUUUUUGGUGUCUUCUUCUUCUGGCACGCCUUCUACAUGCUAGAUAGAAAUCUCUAUUUGAGCCAGCAGACUCGGCGAUUGCAGUCGAAAAUGUUGAAGGGCCUAAUUUUUCAGCUUUUAAUCCCGUAUAUGACAUUGCUCUACCCGGGUGCCUUCAUCAGCGGUGUGCAAGUUUUGCAACUAAACGUGGAUCCAGCUUAUAUAAAUUUCGCGUUUUGGUGCAAUGGCUCGCACGCCUCCAUUUCAUCCAUUUCGAUAAUACUAUUUACGGAACCUUAUAAAAGAUAUGUUUUUCAACUCGCCGGCUUCCCAAGCGUGAAAAUACGGACUAUGGCGUUCUUCUUCGCGAUUCACUAUAUUUUCUGCGACGUAUUUUUCGUGCAUACACUAUCGCUUGGAAAUGCCGAGCUGGGGAAUGGACUCGGGAUCAGGGACAAGAUUUUGAAGCGGUACCCAGAGUACAGUUUUGUACUCGACCACGACGACUUUUUCGCCGGGGAUGCGUCAAGUAUUUAUCCGUUCACGGGCCUAACGCUACAAAUGAAUGCGUGCGUGAUUGUGGCGGUAUCGAUCGCGGAAGCGGCAACAUUCCAAUACAACCAGGGAUUCGCUCUCGUCGCGCACGCGUUCUGGAUGCUUGACGGUCACGUGGCGCUGAGUCGGCAAACUCGGCGGCUACAGACCAAACUAAUGAAAGGCUUAUUGCUUCAGUUGGCGAUUCCGUAUCUGACGCUUCUCUUGCCAUGGGGGCUAUUCGCCGGUGUCCAGUUCGCCGACUAUAAAAUUUCUCCUGCCAUCCUCAACUUCGCCUUCUGGUUCAACGCCUCGCACGCAACAAUGUCGUCAAUAUCGAUCCUACUGUUCACGGAGCCCUAUAAGAUGUUCGUGCUACGACUCUUUGGAUGGAAGAAAGGUAUCGGCGAUUCGGUGACCUGGGUCCUGCAAACGACUGAUUGUGGAAGAAACUUUACAAGCGUCUACUACGAGCCCUGGGGAUGGACACUGACUGGCUAUGAUGUUCAAGCUUGGAUCGAUGGGUUGCCGAUUGAUAUCUUUAGGCCAAACACUACUGUGGCCAACGUUUUCCAAAUCUCCGGACGCUCCCUAAAGAUCCAAAUUACACAGACGAAAAAUGAGACGAGCAGUUUUCAUCAACUUUUUGGAGCUGACGUCGACGAAUAUAAAAUGUUGAGUGCUGUUGCCACCACCAAUCUUGGGACCCAAUGGGCCAUACCGCCAGGAACAAAGCAAAAAUAUGUGGUCUACCAGCCCUCCAGCCAUAAGUACGGUCUCGUCACGACAAAGGUCGGCCUGUAUGGAGAUUGCGCAAAUGUGAAUAUUUGGAAAGGGUUGACGGAGACGCAGAGUAGUCUAAUUUAUGGCGGAAUCGGACAACUUUGCACGCAGCCGUUUUACCGGAACACGAAAAUCAACUUUUUCUAUGGUCGCUAUAUGAUUUUCGAGGUCGACAAUAAUGAGGCUUACUGUAAUUUGACCGUGGUCACCGGGACGAGACCCACCUACGACACGUACUACACAAACACCGGACCCGGUGUUUUGACCUCACCACCGUAUUUGGGCACCGAUACGGAUAAUUUUACGAUACAGUACAAUCUGUGGAGUCAACGUGCACAAGGCCAAGGUAUCAACCUCGACCUAAUGAGCUUCCUGCCACAAGGCGCCACGCUGGAGGUCGAUGAUAAGAAUGGGAAUAGGGGACAACUGGACGCCCAAAUCUGCCACUACCACACGGAUCAGAAGCAGUUGUGGAUCACCUACAGCUGGCAGUGCACGCCCGGUACUUUUUGUGACAACGGCUUGAUCAUGAGGUACUCCGACGGCGACAAUGACUUCUACGCGACUACGCUUUUUCCUCCGACUAGCCCCGGUACGCAAAGCACAGCUGCUCAUACGGAUGCUUCCGCACCAAGCACCUCACCAGAUCCCAACGCGAUUUCAACAAGUUCAGGCUCGACAGAUACGGUCGCGACAACAACAAAAAUCGGCGCGCCGCGUGGAGCAAGUUUGACGCUUAUCUUUGUCGUUCUUGGCUACUUUUCGGGUGUAUUUCAU